AUGCCGCCUCCAUCUCGACCUGGCGCCGUUGGUCGCGCAAGCAUACGAGCCGGAUCGACGACACGCGCCCCCAGUGUCAGGCCCCAGAGCGCCGCCACCGUGACAUCUCGGCUCGACAGGUCCGGUGCCGCCUCACGCGCUGAGACUGCCUCGUCCACCAGAACGUCGCCGGCUGCAGGCAUGAAGCGCAAAGAACGCGAUUUCGAGACGGAUUUCAAUGUCGAGACAAAUAUCACCGUGGUAGUACGAUGCAGAGGCCGGAGCGAGCGCGAGGUCGGCGAAAACAGCGCUCUUGUCGUCAAAACAAAUGGUGUGAUGGGACAGCAUGUCGAGUUGUCCAUGGGCUCAAAUGCACUGAGCAACAAGACCUAUGCUUUUGACCGUGUCUUCUCGCAAGCAGCAGAUCAAUCAAUGGUCUUUGACGACGUGGUAAAACCCAUAUUGGGAGACAUGCUUGCUGGCUUCAACUGCACUAUUUUUGCUUAUGGCCAGACCGGCACUGGCAAGACCUAUACCAUGUCUGGUGACAUGACCGAAUCAUUAGGUCUUCUUGCCCCCGAAGCUGGUAUUGUUCCGCGCGUCUUGCAAGCUUUGUUCAACAGGCUCGAUUCUGAUGGCACCGAGAACUGUGUUCGCUGCUCGUUCAUCGAGCUUUACAAUGAGGAGCUACGCGACCUGCUCACUCCGGACGAGAAUGCAAAGCUGAAGAUCUUUGACGACCUGUCGAAGAAGGGCCACAUGUCAACUUUGGUGCAAGGAGUGGAGGAGCGACACAUCACCAACGCUGCAGAAGGUAUCGCGCGAUUACAGGAAGGAAGUUUGAGGCGACAAGUCGCCGCGACUAAGUGCAACGACCUCAGUAGUCGAAGUCAUACCGUCUUCACCAUCACAGUCCAUGCCAAGCGACCAGGUGGCAGUGGUGAGGACUUCAUCAGUCUUGGAAAGCUGAAUCUUGUUGAUCUUGCCGGAAGCGAGAAUAUCCAACGGUCUGGAGCGGAGAACAAACGUGCUGCAGAAGCGGGCCUGAUCAACAAGAGCUUGUUGACACUGGGCCGCGUGAUCAACGCUCUCGUUGACAAAAGCUCUCACAUCCCAUACAGAGAGUCCAAACUUACCCGACUCCUGCAGGAUUCUCUCGGCGGGAGGACAAAGACAUGCAUCAUCGCGACCAUUUCACCUGCCAAAAGCAACCUCGAGGAGACCAUUUCUACACUUGAUUACGCUUUCCGGGCAAAGAAUAUCAGAAACAAGCCCCAGGUCAACACUCUUAUCAACAAGAAGGCAUUGUUGAAGGAGUUUACGGCUGAGAUUGAGAAGCUCAAGACCGAGUUAAUCGCUACACGAUUGCGCAAUGGCGUGUAUCUCACCAAUGAGGCCUACGAGGAAAUGACUGCUCAAAGCGAGUCUCGCCGUAUCCUUGCCGAUGAGCAAGCUGCCAAGAUUAUGACGCUGGAAUCAAACCUGCGCAACAAAGUGCAAGAGCUCUUCUCCUUGACUUCGAGUUUUAUGGGACUCAAGAAGGAGCACGAGGGCACAAAAGCGCAGCUUGAUGAGACGCAAGGCGUUCUUGACCAGACAGAACUCGUUCUGGCAGCCACACGGAAGACGCUUGCCGAGGAAACCCAACUUCGCGAGGCCCAUCAGAAGACGGAAGAAAAACUCACAACUGUGGGCGGAGAGCUUAUCAACACUCUCAAGAAAACUGUCGGUGAUGUGAGCGGUCUGCGAGCCAAGAACAAAAGGAAGUCGGAUUUGCAAGAUCUCAACCGAAGCACAUGGGCUAUGUCGCAGUUUCAGGUAUCGGAUGUCACCGAACUCGUCGAGAGCCGCGUUCAAGAGUUCCGAAACGAUCAAGAGAGCCACAUCUCUGGCGUUUCUCAGAGAAUGCAAGACUUCGUGCGGGAGGAAUUGGAGAAGUUGUCAGCUACUCAAUCUUUCCUGGACGAAAAUCUUGAAAAGUUUGUUGCAUCGAGGGACGACCUCGUAGAGCAGAAGCAGCGGUCCAAGGAUGACAUGGACAAUGUCUUGGAAGAGAUCAAGGUUGUCAGAGACAACAUCAAGGAGCGGGUUGGUGAAAGUCUCCAAGCCAUCGCCGCAGCUGCUGAGAGAAUAGCCGCCGACGUGAUGAACUUCAAGACCAUUUUCGAGGACUUGCUUCGUCACAUUAGUGUUCAGCGAAGCGAAUCCGAUUCCUUGAGAAGGCAACUGGAAGACGCAAGUCAGACUAUGCUGCGAUCGAACGAGUCCACUUCAGCCCAAAUUGAGACGGUUGUCAAUGAGGAGAGGAGACAAGCGGCGGAAGAUCGACAGCAGCUCCUAGCACAGAUCACAACACUUAUCAACGCCCACGCCGAGCAGCAGGAGACUCGUCUGGCCGGCAAGGCUGCCAGGAUCCAAGACCGUGUCAAGGGCGCCACGGAAACCUUCGAAGGACAAGUCACGGCGUACUCGACGGGCAUGGAUGCGUGGGACUCAAACGAGGAGAAACUACUGCAAGAUGUGUCCGAGUCUCGCGACGUAUUGAAGACGAAACUUCAGGACGACUGGACUGCGGCGAAUGAGCAUAGUACCUCGAUCCAGAAAACGACCAAAUCAGUGCACGCCGAGACGGUUCGUGUGGUAGAUGAACAGAUGAGAGACUUGGAUACGCAGAUGACAGAGCUCGAUGACUUCGUAACUCGAGCUCGAUCAGAAAACGCGGGGCACCAUGCACAACACACAAUCUCCGUGGCUAAUUUGUCGGAUACAGUCGACUCUUCAUUCUCCAACAUCUCAUCUCAUUAUAGGGGUACUUUCGACAGAGUGCACGACAUCGGGGAGAAGAUGGGCACGGAGAUCGAGACCCUACAUAAAGACCUGCAGCCCCUUGACGACAGUCUUUGCCAGCCUCUGAGCAAGCUAAGGGAAGACAUCUCGAGCACCGCUCUCCGUGAAUACGAGCCCACCGGAGAGACACCUAAGAGGGUUCAAUACCAUUAUCCUACCGAAUUGCCCCGGACUGCCGCUCAUGACGUUGUCAUCGCCGGCAUUCCCCACGCUCCUUUGCAGACACCGAGCCGGCCAACAGCCACACCGAGCAAAGCCACACCUGCACAUCCUAUCUUCAACGAUCUUGAUACAUCUGAAGAGGCUAAGUCUCCGUCCCGGCCAGCUUCCUCCGACUCUGCAACCAACCCAUUGAGCCAGAGUCUGCGAGAGGUCAACGCAAAUCUCACAACCACCGGGCUGCUAUUCGACCCGACUGCAAGCACAAUGUCUGCCCUUCCUCCGGCCGACGAUAACACCGUACCUCUUGUCAAGAAGAGCACGUCUAGGAUCCCCUCUAAGCAGAUCAAAAAGGUUCAUCUGGACGGCGUUGAAAACAUGCCACCAUCAGAAUUUUCUCAAAGUGCGCGACGACGGAAGAGCCCUCGACUGCACUGA